AUGGACGCCAUACUCGACUUCUCCCAGGACCUCGAUGUCAACUUGCUUGACAGGGUCGUCGCUGCUUUCUAUACCGGCAGUGGUCCCGACCAAAAGGCCGCCCAGCGUGCAGUGACUGCCUUCCAGGAGCAUCAAGAUGCAUGGCAGCGCGUCCCUGCCAUCCUCGAGCAAUCUCAAAACAUGCACAGCAAAUACAUCGCACUCUCGAUCAUGGAGAAGCUCAUCACCAUUCGCUGGAAGAUCUUGCCCGAGGAUCAGCGAUCUGGUAUCCGCAACUUCAUCGUCGGCGUCAUCAUCAAGUCAUCAUCUGAUGAGAUGACGCUGCGCAAAGAACGUGCAUACGUCAACAAGCUCAACUUGAUCCUUGUGCAAGUCCUCAAGCAGGAAUGGCCUCACAAUUGGCCGCAAUUCAUCCCCGAGAUCGUGUCUUCAUCACGCAGCAACACUACCCUCUGCGAGAACAACAUGAUCAUUCUGAAGCUGCUGUCCGAAGAGAUCUUUGACUUCUCGGCAGAGCAGAUGACCCAAGCAAAGACAAAAACAAUGAAGAACCAGAUGUGCCAAGAGUUCACAGAAGUCUUCCAGCUUUGCAAUGAAGUUCUACAAACUGCGCAAAAGACGAGUCUCAUCAAAGCCACCCUAGAGACUUUGCUGCGCUUCCUCAACUGGAUCCCACUGGGCUAUAUCUUCGAAACAGACAUCAUCGAUAACCUCGUCAACAGGUUCCUCGAGGUGCCAGAGUUCCGCAACGUUACCUUGAAAUGCCUGUCAGAAAUUGGCGCUCUUUCCAUCGGCCCCGAGUAUAAUGGCCACUUUGUGACUCUCUUCAACUUGGUCAUGAGUGCUGUCAAUCGCAUGAUUCCUCCAGCCACAGAUAUUGCUGCUGUCUAUGCCAAUUCAUCCGACGACGAUCAGGAGCUUGUCCUCAACGUCGCGCUCUUCCUCGUCAAUUUCCUCAACUCUCAUCUCAAGAUCAUCGAAAAGCCAGAGAACGAAGCUGUCCUGCUGAACGCGCAUCUGUACUUGAUCAAAAUCAGUCAGGUCGAAGAACGCGAGGUCUUCAGGACAGUAUUGGAGUAUUGGUCCAGGCUCGUGUCCGAGCUGUACGACGAGAUCCAGGCACUACCAAUUGAAGGCAACCCUCUCAUUAGUCUCAACCUUGGCGGCGGGUUUUCAGGCUCACCGCCGGGCUCGAUGAGCAACGGACCAGCUCUACGCAAGAACAUCUAUGCCAACGUGCUCUCCAACCUGCGGCUUGUCAUCAUAGGGCGUAUGGUCAAGCCAGAAGAGGUGCUGGUCGUAGAGAAUGACGAGGGCGAAGUGGUACGGGAAUUCAUGAAGGAGGUGGAUACGAUCGUGCUCUACAAGUCGAUGCGAGAAGUACUGGUCUACCUCACGCAUCUCGAUGUUAUCGAUACAGAGAACAUCAUGACAGAGAAGCUGGCCAAGCAAGUAGAUGGAUCCGAAUGGAGUUGGGGCAAUCUGAACACACUCUGCUGGGCGAUUGGAUCCAUCUCUGGUGCAAUGAAUGAGGAGACAGAGAAGCGCUUCCUAGUCACGGUCAUCAAAGAUUUGCUGGGACUCUGCGAGAUGAAACGAGGCAAAGACAACAAGGCCGUCGUAGCCUCAAAUAUCAUGUACAUUGUCGGACAAUAUCCUCGCUUCCUCAAAGCGCAUUGGAAGUUCCUCAAGACUGUCGUCAAUAAGCUUUUCGAGUUCAUGCACGAGCUGCACGAAGGCGUGCAAGACAUGGCUUGCGACACGUUCAUCAAGAUUGCGCAGAAGUGCAGGCGGCAUUUCGUGCUGCAGCAAGGCGGCGAAGGCGAGCCUUUCAUCGACGAGAUUCUAAGACAGCUGCCGCGCAUCACUGCAGAUCUUUCGCCGCUGCAGGUCCAUGUCUUCUACGAAGCCGUCGGUUAUAUGAUCAGCGCGCAGCCGAACAAGCCAGCGCAGGAGCGGUUGAUCGCCAAUCUCAUGGAAGCCCCGAACGCAGCUUGGGACGCUCUCAUGCAGCAAGCGGGCCAAAGCGUCGACGUUCUCGCCAAUCCUGACAACAUCAAGAUACUGUCAAACGUAUUGAAGACGAAUGUGUCUGCCUGCACGUCUGUUGGCACCUUCUUCCUGCCACAGAUUGCGCGCAUCUUCAUGGACAUGCUCGGUCUCUACAAAGCUGUCAGCGGUAUCAUCAAUGAUGCAGUGGCUGCUCAAGGCUUGAUCGCGACCAAGACGCCCAAAGUAAGAGGGUUGCGGUCGAUAAAGAAAGAUAUCCUUCGAUUGAUCGAGACACACAUCCGCCGUGCGGAAGAUCUCGAACAGGUCAACUCGACAUUGAUACCGCCGCUGCUGGAAGCCGUGCUAGGCGACUACAACCAGAAUAUCGCGCCUGCUCGUGAUGCUGAGGUGCUCAAUGUCAUGACGACGAUCGUUGCUCGUCUGUCGAGCAUGAUCACCGACAAGGUGCCAGCGAUACUCUCGGCCGUCUUUGAGUGCACACUCAAUAUGAUCAAUCAAGACUUUGCCGAGUACCCCGAGCAUCGCGUGACCUUCUUUAAAUUGCUCAGGCAGAUCAACAUCAACUGCUUUCCUGCCAUCCUCGGGCUGGAGCCCGCUCAGUUUAAGCUGACGAUGGAUGCUGUGGUCUGGGCUAUCAAGCAUCCCCAUCGUGACAUUGCGGAUAUUGGUUUGAACAUCUGCCUCGAGCUUGUCAACAACAUUGCAAACCAGCCCUCAAAUGUGUCUGACGGCUUCUUCUCGCAGUACUUCCUGCCUUUCAUUCAGGACGUCUUCUUCGUCAUUACGGACAGCGAGCACAAGGCGGGCUUCAAGAACCAGAGCAUGCUUCUAGCAAGACUGUUCUACCUCGUCGAAGUCGGCCAGAUCACCGUGCCGCUCUGGAACCAGGCAGAAGUAAACGAUCCUACGAUGACCAACCAGAAGUUCAUCCGAGCGUACUGCAAUAACCUCCUUCACACGGCCUUCCCUCACGUGCAACACGCCCAGAUCAAGACCUUUGUCGAUUGCCUGUGCGAACAGAAUCAGGAUCCGGCAAAGUUCAAAGCAGGACUGCGCGACUUCCUCAUCCAGCUCAGGGAAUUCUCAGGCUCAGAUGCGACAGAUCUAUACGCGGACGACAAAGAGGCAGCGGCAGCGGCCAAAGCAGAGGAGGAGCGGGCCAGAGCUAUUGCCGUGCCCGGCAUGAUCAAUCCUCACAAGCUUGACCCAGAUCAAGACGAGGAGCUCUAG